AUGGCUCACAAGGUCACGGACUGUCCGAAGACGGCGCCUGGCGAAGCGCAAGCGCUGCUAGCGGCGCAGAUGCAAAAGUGGAAGGACGCCCGCGAGGCGCGUCUGACUGUUAACGUUAUUGACCUUGGUCCAAACCGCUCGAAGAUUGAAGGCGGUACCACCGUGGCCGACGUUGUCGUGGUAGAGUACCUGCUGUUUGCCACGGGUGCCAACGUCAACGUGGCCUCCGUGGGGUUGAUUACGGAGCUGGAGAAGGCGGGCGUGGCGACUCAGGUGGUGGUGGACGACACACCUACCGCCCUGUACCUGUUCGGGAAGGAGACCAAGGCGGUCUUGCUGUCCCGUCACUUACGGCUCAGUGUGGCGCUCAUGAUGGCGUGUGGAUCGACGACGACGUGGACGCCGACGUGGCGCUGA